UUUAAUUAAUUUUCGUCAUUCUAGUGAAUUAUUGUUGUACUUUUCCUCUUACAUAAUAUGAUUAUACGUGUGAAUGUUUACAUAUUGGUUGGAAUUAUAAGGAGAAAUUAUUACCCAUGGAUAACCGUGGAUACCCGAAUGCCGAACGGGUAUGGGCAUGGUUUUGAUUUUCUACCCGUUUCUCGUAUGGAUACGGAUAUGGGUAAAACCCGAACUACAUUGGGUACUGGGUAGGAUAACGGAUAUGCACUAUCCGCCCCCGACCCGACCCAUUGCCAUCCCUAAUUUGAAUGAAGGAAAGGCAAGCGGAAAUCAGUGGAAGUAAGAGAGAAAUAUGAAGAUGAGAACCGUCGGCGUCGGGGGUCAUAAAUCUCAGUCUAGAGACGAAACCCGCCGGCGAGGUCCACCACUUGUUAAUCAACUACAACGGCGACAUCCGACGUUUCCGACUACUUCAAAAUUUCAAACGUAACCCAAUCCCUUGUCCAACCUUUUUCCCCCACUGCGCUCUUGUUUAGUUUUUAUCUCAAUUUUUUUCGCCUCGAACUAUCGUCAUUUUGGGUGUUGUCCCGAAUUAGGGUUAAGAACUUAGAAGUGCCGAUGGACUGGCAGAGCAACAAGCGUAUUUCAGCUUGAAUAAGUGAGGUUCGGUUAUCUUCUUGGUAACAUGUUGUAAGAAACCUCGGAUCUGACAAUUACAUUUGUUUAGGAAUUUACCAGCAGAUCAGCUGCUUGUGUAUCUAUGCAUCUUUUGCCUGUGUAACUGUUCGACAGAAUAAAGUUGCAUUCUUGCAUUAGAUGGAUGGGCAGAGAGUCUUCUUUUCUCCCUCGCGUCCUCUUCUCUUUUCCUUUUCUGAUUCCAUGUCCAUAGAAUUUUGCUUUCUUACCGUAGCUACACAAGCAGGUGACAGUAGAAGACUUGGCUUCGAAUUCCCUUCCUAUGAAGUAAAGGUCGUGAGGGGUUGCUGAACAAAUCUGGGGUCACCUUUGUUCUUUACUUGUGUUUAUGUAGGUUGGUAGCAAGUGUGGAAGGAACAAAACUGGCUUCGUAGGAAGGGAGAAUUUUUUUUCCAGGUGUAUUCAUUUGUCAAUGAAUACAUUUCAAUCUGGAAUUGACUUCUUGUUGAGGGUUACGAAAAUGGUUAAGAUUGGUGGAACGAAGAGCUGCCGAAAGAUGCAGAUUCCUUUUCCAACAUCCAGUUGUUUCCUGGUAUGGAGAAUCACAAAAGGUUGUUAGCCUAUCAAUUGAAGGCCUAAUUUACUUGGGCCAUUGAUGUUGAUGCUGCUGAAGCCUUCUGGAGGAGACUUGAGGAAACUGUGUGAUGGGAUCAAUUCUUUCCUUGAUGGUGAAAUGGAGCACUGACAGGUAUUUAUAUAUUCUUCAAGUGCCUUUCCCCAUAGCAAGGCAAGAAUAACAACUAUGUUUGUUCACAUUCAAGUUACUAUAUUUGGGGAGUCCUAUAUUUCAUGUAACACAAUCUACUCAAAUUUGAGUUCUUUUUGCGUGGCCUUUUGAAUGAUUCCCCUUUCAGUUCCUUGUACGUGGUGUUACGCUUCUUAUUCCCUAUAUAAAUUGCGAGGCAGAAGAUUAUGCUUGGACUUGAAUUUCUCUGCCUUCAAGAACAUGAACAAUAAACCUCAUCACGAGGGAGAUCCAUCUGAAGUGGAGUUCACCGAGGCUCCAACAAGAUCGUGGUGGUUUAAACCAAGGGCAUUCAGCAUCGUAUGGGGCAAUGAUGAUCGCUAUUGGUCUGUUCCGAAGGUUGGAGGGCCGGCAGAGCUGUUGCAGGUGAGCUGGCUUGAAGUAACAAGCAUCAUGCCCUCGUCGGAAGACAACAUAGUGGCAGGGAAGAAGUAUGCAAUCUCUUUCCGUUUGCAGAUGAAGCAAGGGGCUUUCGGUUGGAAUGGUUGUUCCGUUUGCUUGAUGUGUAAGAUAGGGCAGCGGGGGAAGUACACAGCUAAAAAGAUAAAGCUGGUUGAUCAACCAGAGACCGAUGAAGAGUUCGAGACAGAGAAGCUGGAGGUCACUGUCCCAGCUGAUGCCAACGAUAUGAGGCUUUACUUUGGGUUGUAUGAAGUCUGGUCGGGGAGAUGGAAGGGUGGCCUGCUCAUCCAUGGCGCCAGAGUUCAAGAACAAGUUUAAUCAAAAGUAGUGGAGAGGAAAUAAUCAAGCUGCCUGGGUGUAGUUCCCUCCAUCGUUUGGCAGUGAUGUAUCUUUAUUUGUUUGGUGUUCUUGUGGCUUACUUAUUAGUUAAUUGGCUAAUGUGUGAAAUAUAUUACAUUAAUUUAGUAUAAAAUUUCCAAACCUAAUAUGUCAUGAUAGCUAGUUUUACAUAUCUACCAGUGAACUAGAAUCAAUUUUGUGGUAUUGAGAGUUUAUCUUGCGGUGAAUGUGAGACUGGUUUCGAUGAGAUUUUUUAUAGUUUAGUUUAUAAGCUUUGUUUGAACAAAUUUCAAUAUACAAAAACACUUUAC